AUGGUCAGACUUAUGGGCGCACGUCUUAAGGGCAGAGCACAGGAGUGGUUUCAUUCGGAUCUUGAUUAUUCAGAACUGACUGCGGAUGAACUUCUGAAUGAGAUGAGAGCUAUGUUCUUUCACGANCCUAGCAAAAUUCAGGCUAGAAGGCAGUUCGAGCAGCGCGCAUGGAGAAGAGACGAAACGUUCAGUGAGUACCUGCACCAGAAGGUGAUACUGGGAAACCGGAGUAGAAUCGAGGAGGCGGAGAUGGUCGAGUACAUCAUCGAAGGGAUACCGGAGCCCGCGAUGAGAGAUCAAGCGCUAAUCCAGCGGCUUAGAACUAGGUCAUCGCUGCUAGAGGCGUUCGAGAGAGUGACCUUGCGUCCGAAGAGUCAGCCCAGCCGGGAUCAGGAUGUGAAGGGGCGGCGAGGAACUGGCGUGAGCGAUGGACAGAAGGUGUCACAGGUAAAGCGAUGUCACAAUUGCGGUGUGCAGGGACAUUUAGCGGUAGAUUGUAAAACGAUAAGGGCCUUAAGUGACACGGGUAGCGAUCUAUCGCUAAUGCGCGAGGACAAAUAUCAGCGAUUAGGAUUUCCCGAGAUGACGCGGCAAGAAAUUGUGUUUCGUGGUGUCGGUUCAGAAAGCUAUAAGACGUUAGGUAAAUUCGACAUUGAGAUCGAGGUCGAAAAUGAAUGUUUUACUAUCUCUAUUUCCGUGGUGCCAACUAACGUAAUACAACAUGCGUUGCUUAUUGGUACGGAUUUUCUAAAUAAGGUAGAAUUGAACAUCCGAGAGGGAAAAAUCUCGAUUAAAAAACCGCGCGCCGAACUCGAACCGUCGGAAGAGAUUCCGGAAAUAUUCCAUAUCGAAACCAUAGAGGGACCAAAGCCUCAGGAUGACACAUUUCGUGCGAUAGAUAAUAUACGUAGCGAUCGAUCUAAAUCCAGUGUCAAAGAAAUCGUAAGCCAGUAUUGCCCGCAAGGAAUUAAAAAGAUAGAGGUGAAGUUGAGUUUAGUUUUAAAAGAUGACGAUCCGGUGUGUGACAGACCGCGAAGAUUAGCGCCGUGCGACAAGCGUCUCGUCGAUGAACAUAUUGAUGACUGGCUCAGGAGAGAUAUUAUGAGACCUAGGAGCGAUUUACUUCAGCGUGUAUUAGAUUUGAAGAACGGAUUUUUCCAUGUAGCCAUAAGCGAGGAAAGCCGCAGAUAUACUGCAUUUGUUGUACCCAACGGUCAGUAUGAAUUUCUUAGAGGCCCGUUCGGUCUAUGUAAUUCAUCUGCCGUAUUUCAGCGUUACAUAAAUCCGAUUUUCCGGGAGCACGUGGCAAACGGAAAAGUAUUGGCGUACAUAGAUGAUCUGAUUAUUCCGUCGCUUACUGAAAGUGCAGGUAUCGAUAAUUUGCAUGAAGUAUUAUUGACGGCGAGCGAAUAUGGCCUGAAUAUAAACUGGAAAAAAUGCCGGUUUUUGGAAACAAAGAUUGAGUAUCUGGGCCAUAUAAUAGAGAACGGUACGGUCAGGCCGUUAGAAAGAAAGACAGCUGCGGUCGCUGGUUUUUCGAAACCCGCCUGUGUCAAAGAUGUGCAGAGUUUUAUCGGUCUCACGAGCUACUUUAGAAAGUUUAUUCCGAGAUAUUCGCUUAUAGCAAGACCGUUGACGAAUUUGUUGAAGAAGGAUGCCAUUUUCCGUUUUAACAAAGAACACGAAUGCGCGUUUAACGAGUUGAAAUGGAUGCUUACUCGCGAUCCGCUUUCCGUGCCAUGUCCUGAACAGUUCAAGCAUGUUGAUCGAGUGCAGCAAUUCUUAAACGCAACCCCGACUAAAAGUACUGGCUUUAGUCCAUUUGAGAUAUUAAUAGGGCAAUCCAUGCGUUUGCGUGACGACCUUGAGUUGCGACGAAUGAUCAAAGAGGACGUGAUAAACGAUCUUCAAGAAAAGCGAGCGAUUCUGCGCGAACAAGCGAAAACGGCGAUCGAAAAAAUACAGCGAGAAAAUAAAAAGAUCUACGAUCGUAAACGAAAGAAAGCAAAUGUGUAUCAAUUAGGAGACUGGGUAGCCAUUAAACAAACCCAGACCGGUCCAGAUAAAAAAUUUUGUUGUAAAUUUUUAGGGCCGUAUGCGAUAGCCAAGGUAUUGCGAGGCGAUCGGUUUAUUGUCGAAAAGAUCGGCGAGCAUGAAGGGCCGCGCACUACUAGCACGUCGGCCGAUAAUAUGAAAAAAUGGGCGUCACCUAAUUAUGUAACCGACGAUGAUUCAGAUGGCGAGGAUGAUAAAUCUAGCGCAUCGGAGGCCGAUGAUUAA